UCAUCGCUUCAACUUGAGCUCAACUCAAAUUUGUUUGUCAUCGCAAGUUGCAACUUGCCGCAUUCGUUACUCGAUUUUCUCACAAAAACUCUGAAAAUGGCAAUGUUAGGCCCACAAAACCGCCCCAAGUAUCCCGACUACGAAACAGAAGCACCAGUUCAACGCCAAUUCUAUCCAUACGCCGAUAAUGGAGGGAGCGUUGUGGCUAUCGCCGGCGAUGAUUUUGUCGUCAUUGGUGCCGACACUCGUCUAUCCACUGGCUUUGCAAUCUAUACUCGUGAGCAGAAGAAGAUCUUCAAGCUCUCAGACAAAACUGUGCUUGGUUGUGGUGGCUGCUGGUGUGACACACUCACACUAACCAGGAUUAUCUCCGCGCGCAUGCAGAUGUACGAGCAGGAGCACAACAAGACCAUGUCCACCACUGCCGCGGCGCAGAUGCUGUCCACAAUGAUGUACUACAAGCGAUUCUUCCCUUAUUAUGUAUCCAAUAUGUUGGUUGGUUUGGACACUGAAGGGAAAGGCUGUGUGUACAGUUAUGAUCCAGUGGGGCAUUGUGAGAGGGCGACGUAUCGAGCGGUUGGAUCCUCGGGUGCUCUCUUACAGCCGCUGUUAGAUAAUCAAGUUGGCAAAAAGAACAUGCUAAAUGCCGAUAAGAAUCCAAUCACCUUGGAGAAAGCUACCGCUAUUAUUAAAGACGUAUUUAUUUCGGCAGCCGAAAGAGAUAUCUACACGGGCGAUAGUAUUACUAUUAAUAUUAUCACCAAGGAUGGUAUCAAGGAGGAGAGUUUCCCACUGAGAAAGGAUUAGUUUAAGAUACUUUUGGUAAUGUUUUUCAACUUUUUAAACUUAAUUUCCUAGACAUAUGCAACCCAACUUACAAUAACUGAAAAUGAAAUAAAUUUCUUCAAACAA